CUCACCAGCCAAUGCUCUCAUUUCUCCGCUGUCGCUAGUCGUUUCGCGUGUCCUCUCAUUCGUGAUAAAACUUCCUACUGAUCUACAUUUAAACAGUGUGAUAUUUGGCAUGCUUCCUUUGGUAUUUGUGAUUUUGUGGAUGGGGAUUUCCUCCGCUGACAUUCCGCUUGAUUUGGUUCCGGUAAUUGUCGAAGCUGGACCUGGCACCGUCUCCCUCAUUUCGGGAGACACGAUGAUUCUGUCCUGCAUAGUCAGAGCCUACCCCCCUCCCACUGCCAAGAUAAUAAAACUCAGCGAGGAUUCAUUUAACAGCGUGGACAACGAAGACGACAUUGAAUUGGAUUUUGAUAUCACCAGUAACAAUGCUGAAGACACCUUGAUAGAAGUAACCCUAACUCAACUAGCUAGUGUCGAGGAUAGUGGCUGGUACAGAUGCAGAGCGACAAACCCACACGGGGAAGCUCACGAAGACUACUAUGUGGAGGUAUUUGAAAACGAGGCCACGUUCUAUGGUACCGGAGAGCUGGUCCCUAUUUUACCUGUUGAAAUUAACGACCUGCUUGAUGACCUGGUGACUGAUCCAGUGACUGAUCCAGCGAGCACAACUCCCGAGCUCGUCACCACCGGACCUCUGACUACGGAAACUGAGGCUUCAGAGGAGGUUUCCAGUCCCACCCCUUAUUAUAUGAGACUAUUUUAGGUAUGAUCACAUUCUUAAGUGAGCUAUUGGACAAGUUAUUCAGCUGGGUUCAGGCCGGAGGAUUCUAAUGUGAGACUCGUAAAUUACAUCGUUAAAAACAGU